AUGUUGACGCUCAACCGCGCCAAGGAACCUCACGCCGGUCUGGACAUUGACCUGAUGAUCGAAACCAUAGAAGAAGUGAACCUCAACCUGAAGUUGGAGGCGACGAAAAAGAAACAAGCCAAGCAAGAAGCCGAAGCCAAGGCCAAGCAAGAAGCCGAAGCCAAGGCAAAGGCUGAUGCUGAAGAGGCCAAGAAGAAGGAGGCCGACUCCAAGACCGCCAAGAAGGAGGAGAAGGCCAAGCAAGAAGCCGAAGCCAAGGCCAAGCAAGAAGCCGAAGCCAAGGCAAAGGCUGAUGCUGAAGAGGCCAAGAAGAAGGAGGCCGACUCCAAGAUCUCCAAGAAGGAGGAGAAGGCCAAGCAAGAAGCCGAAGCCAAGGCCAAGCAAGAAGCCGAAGCCAAGGCAAAGGCUGAUGCUGAAGAGGCCAAGAAGAAGGAGGCCGACCCAAGACCGCCAAGAAGGAGGAGAAGGCCAAGCAAGAAGCCGAAGCCAAGGCCAAGCAAGAAGCCGAAGCCAAGGCAAAGGCUGAUGCUGAAGAGGCCAAGAAGAAGGAGAGGCCAAGAAGAAGGAGGUCGAUUCAAGACCGCCAAGAAGGAGGACAAGGCCCAGAAGGAGGCCGAGGAGAAGGCCAAGAAGGCCGCCCAAGAGCUCAAAGGAGCUCAAAGUGGCGAGCAGGAGGGCGAGAGCAUCGAGGAAGGAGGAGAAGGCCAAGAAGCCGAAGCCAAGGAAGCCGAAGCCAAGGCUCAAGAAGCCGAAGCCAAGGCAAAGGCUGAUGCUGAAGAGGCCAAGAAGAAGGAGGCCGACUCCAAGACCGCCAAGAAGGAGGAGAAGGCCAAGCAAGAAGCCGAAGCCAAGGCCAAGCAGGAAGCCGAAGCCAAGGCAAAGGCUGAUGCUGAAGAGGCCAAGAAGAAGGAGGCCGACUCCAAGAUCUCCAAGAAGGAGGAGAAGGCCAAGCAAGAAGCCGAAGCCAAGGCCAAGCAAGAAGCCGAAGCCAAGGCAAAGGCUGAUGCUGAAGAGGCCAAGAAGAAGGAGGCCGACUCCAAGACCGCCAAGAAGGAGGAGAAGGCCAAGCAAGAAGCCGAAGCCAAGGCCAAGCAAGAAGCCGAAGCCAAGGCAAAGGCUGAUGCUGAAGAGGCCAAGAAGAAGGAGGCCGACUCCAAGAUCUCCAAGAAGGAGGAGAAGGCCAAGCAAGAAGCCGAAGCCAAGGCCAAGCAAGAAGCCGAAGCCAAGGCAAAGGCUGAUGCUGAAGAGGCCAAGAAGAAGGAGGCCGACCCCAAGAUCGCCAAGAAGGAGGAGAAGGCCAAGAAGCGCCAAGGC